CCUCCAGCUUCCAAACAACCCCACGAUAAAACGCCAACCUGCCACGCACCGACAGCACGAAGCUCAACUAGGCAUCGCCGCAUUGUAGGCAAGGCAGCAUUCAAUCUCAACCUCGGAAACGCAAUCAUGGCUGAGCAGGGGCUCCUCAAGCCCGAGAAGGACUUCACCAAGGAAGUCGACGUCCAACUACCAGAGGCUGAGCAGCUUGCAAAGACAAACCUCCAAGGUGCAGUCGAGAAGCUAACUGCGCUCGAGAAACAAACCCGUCAAGCCUCUGAUCUCGCCUCCACAUCGCGAGUCCUUGUCGCAAUCGUCACACUAUGCAAAGAUGCGGGAGACUGGAGUUUAAUGAACGACCAAACGUUGGUCUUCUCGAAGAAGCACAGCCAGCUGAAGCAGGCCAUCACGAAGAUGGUCCAGACCGUGGUUGGCUUCCUCGACGACACACCCGAUCUCAAAACCAAGCUCUCGGUCAUUGAAACACUGCGGACGGUAACAGAGGGAAAGAUCUUUGUCGAGGUGGAGCGUGCGCGUGUGACCAAGAUUUUGUCCGACAUCAAGAAAGAGGAGGGCGACAUCGAGAAGGCGAAGGAGAUACUGUGCGAGCUGCAGGUCGAGACUUUCGGAUCGAUGUCGAGGCGAGAGAAGACCGAGUUCAUCCUGUCGCAAGUGGCCCUGUGCAUAGAGGCUGGCGACUGGGCGCAGGCUGGCAUUCUCGCGCGCAAGAUCAGUACCCGCUACCUGUCGCGCAAGCCCAAGAAGACAGAGGAGCAGCUCGAAAAGGAGAAGAAGGAGCUAGAGAAGAAGAAGGCGCGCGGCGAGGAGGUGGUCGAGGAGGUCGAGGAUGACACUACAGAUCUGAAGUUGCGUUUCUACGAGCAACAGGUUCAGCUUGCAAAGCACGACGACAAGUACCUGGAAGCCUGCAAGCAUUAUCGCCAAGUGCUCGACACCGAGGCUGUGGAGGAGGACCCUGCCAAGCUUCACCCGGUUUUGCAACGCAUCAUCUACUUUGUCAUCCUCGCCCCCCACGACAACGAGCAGCACGACCUCCUGCACCGUAUCCACAAAGACACGAGGAACGCCAAGAUUCCCUUGGAAGCGGAGCUCUUAAAGCUGUUCACAGUCCAUGAGCUGAUGCGCUGGCCUGAGGUCGCCGAGAAAUUCGGCCCGCACCUCUGCAAGACUGACGUCUUCGACGCCAAAGCCAGCAAGGAAGACAAGGCGCGGCAAAGAUGGGAGGACCUGCGCAAGCGGGUCAUUGAGCACAACGUUCGUGUGGUCGCGAAAUACUACACCCGUAUCCAGGUCACGCGCUUGACGCAGCUCUUGAACCUGACGGAGGAUGAGACCGAGAAGUACAUCAGCGAGCUUGUCACGGCGAAGACCAUCUACGCCAAAAUUGACCGCCCCGCGCGGGUGGUCAGCUUUGCGAAGCCCAGAGACGCUGAUGACGUUCUGAACGAGUGGAGUCACAACAUGAAGAGCUUGCUCGGUCACUUGGAGCGAAUUGACCACCUCAUUACAAAGGAGGAGAUGAUGGCUCGGAUUCAGCCUGCAAGCAAAUAGGAAGCUGGCGAUUUGGCGCUCCGGUCUAAGAUAGAUGGCGGCGCUGGGUUGGGUCAUUAGGCAGUGCAUGACGAUUGCAAAAGAUAGAUGGUCCCGGCAGCCAGGAUGUGUACAAUGCAUACA